UUUCCAGUGGAGUGUAACUUCACUUCACUGAACCGCCAUUGCUGUCUCCUCGCUUGUAACUGAGGAUUAAUAGAUAAUGACGCUAUUGAGGUCUCGUGAGGUGACUCCGGCGGCAUCUAAGGCUAAAGUUUCUUCUAAAACCCUAGAAAAUCAUGUAUUGGAACCGGUAACUCCGUUGAAAUCUCUUGAGACUUCUGUUCAGCCUUUAUGUGUUGUGACUCCUACUUCUCCUUCUUUGGCUAGUGGUGACAUUCCUCCUGUUGCUAGAAGGAGGAGUUUGAGAUUGGCUUCUAAAAAUGGUUUGAGUGAUGUUGGUGAAAUUUUGAAUAAUGAAGGGAAGAGUAGGGAUUUUGAAAUUGAUAAUGGGGAUACUGGCAAUAGUUUGAAGAGUGACGUUGGUGUAGAAAGUGCGGAUUUGGAUGAAGGUGAUCAAGAUUUGGGGGUUUUAUAUAAUGAAGCAGUUGAUGAAAUAGGUAUGAAUGAAUCUGAUGAUAUAGGAAAUUUAGUCUGCAGUGAGGGAAGAAUUGAAUGUGUUAAAGAGGGGAAAGGGGAUAAAAAUACAAGUAUGGAAGUGCAGGGUGAAGGGAAUACUAAGUUUUUGAGUUUGCGGUCGGGCAAGAAGAUCUCUAAGAGAGCUGUUGAAGAAUGCAGUGGUGGCGUUGUUGGUGAUACUGGAAGUGUUAAUCAGAAUGAUUGUGAUGAGAAGUUGUCUCAUGGAAAGCUAAGUGAAGGAAUGUCAAACAGUUGCAGUUCAGAUGGCUCCAGCAAUAAGUUACAGACAAGUUCAGUUGAGCCUUCUAGUGUUAAGAGGAGGAGAUUCAGCAGAGAAGAGAAAUCUAAAGGUAUAGUUUCUGAACAGGGUUUGCCAGUGGUUCAUUCAGUGAAUUUGGAAUCAGAGGUAGCAUUUGGGAUGUCAAUUGAGAACACAGUACCUCAGUCUGCCUGUUUGCCCGAAACUAUAGAUCUGGCUGUUCAGGGUGAUGGACUAGCUGCCACUUUGCAAAAUCGUGAUUCAAAGACAAGAAGGAUUAGUAGAGAGGAAAAGGGAAAACAAGUUAUGGCUGGCGAUGAUUUGUGUCAUGGUGUUGAUACAUUGGAAGGAAAAUCCAAGCAUGGGGCAGAUAAACUCAUUGAUGAAAUUAUAUCAAGAGCUAUUAAUUUGACAAGUCAAGAUGGAGAGCAAGUUGCAGAUGCCGAUGGCAGUGCAACUGCUACAAGAAGAGUUCAUAGAGAAAGGUUUAGGGAUAUUGCUAGACGAAAUGCUUCCAGGUUUGCUCAUUUCUCUUCCCAAGCAGAACAGGAGACCGAUGUAGCUGAUGAGGCUGCUGAGGAAUUUCCACAGGAGGUAGCGGAGACUGAAGAAAUAGAAGACUGGCCUGGUCCUUUUUCAACUGCUAUGAAGAUUAUUAGAGAUCGUGAAAUGAACAUCAAGCAUCAGCAGCAGAGUAAAUCUGAGAAAAGUAAGAUUGAAGUGGUAUGGGUUCCCAAAACGGACCAGCAGUGCCAAUCUAGAAAGCUGGUUGUUCCCUCAUUACAUGACUUAUGCAUGGACAUUUUAGUGAAGAAUGCUGAUGCAAUCACUUCACUUGAUGGCUUACCUGAUGCACUUAGGCACAAGAUUUGCCAGUCACUGUGUGACUCUCGGGAAAUGACAUAUCAAUUUUUUCAACUUCUUGUCAGUGGAUCUCCUACAGAGAUACGCAUAAGGGAUUGUUCAUGGUUGAAUGAGGAGAAUUUCACACAGAGCUUUAAAGGAUGUGACACCAACAACUUUGAGAGCUUUAAAGGAUGCGACACCAACAACUUGGUGGUGCUUCAACUGGAUCAGUGUGGUCGCUGUAUGCCAGAUUAUAUCCUAUUGGUUACAUUAGCUCGUCGUCCAAACAAUCUCCCUGCAUUGACGACCUUAUCCUUGAAAGGUGCGUGUCGUCUUUCGGAUGUUGGGCUGGAGGCGAUCAUCUCUGCAGCACCUAAUUUAAGGUCAAUGAAUCUUAGCCAGUGCUCUUUGCUGACAUGUGAUGGAAUUAGCUGUUUAUCUAAUUCAUUGGGAUCAGUUCUGAGAGAGUUAUAUCUAGACAAUUGCGAAGCAAUACAUCCCAUGCUUAUUCUGCCAGCAUUGCUAAAGCUAGAACAUUUGGAAGUUCUAUCAGUAGCUGGAAUCCAGACUGUGUGUGAUGCUUUUAUUAAAGAAUUUGUCACUAAUCGAGGUCAGAGUCUGAGAGAGAUUAUUCUGAAAGGAUGCAUGGAAUUGACUGAUCGUUCUCUGAAAGAUAUUUCACAAAACUGUCCCGGAUUGCGUGCUAUAGACCUGAGCGACUUGUGUAAAUUGACCGACUCUGCAAUUGAACAUCUUGCCACUGGUUGUAGAGAAGUUGACAAUCUAAAACUCUGUCGCAAUCCAUUCAGUGAUGAAGCUGUUGCUGCUUAUGUGGAAACUAGUGGGGGAUCUUUGAAGGAACUAUCUCUCAAUCGUGUCAAAAAGGUUUCACACAACACUGCUAUGUCUCUAGUCAAAUGUUCAAAAAAUUUGAUUAGUCUGGAUUUGUCUUGGUGUCGUAACUUGACGAACGAAGCCCUGGGAUUGAUUGUUGAUAGCUGCUUAUCGUUGGAAGUACUAAAAUUGUUUGGCUGUUCUCAGGUUACUAGUGUUUUUCUGGAUGGGCACUCAAAUCCCCAAGUUAAGAUCAUUGGAUUGAAGAUGACUCCGAUACUACAGCACAUUGAGGCACCAGAUUCUCUGCAGCAGGGGCCGCUACGAUAUUCAGCAGUGCCAUGGCACUCUGACAGAUGAUUUUAUUGGAAAUAUUAAAAAUGGAGUUAGUAUCCUCUGUGAAUGCCAGAAGUCAUAAUCUCUCUUUGAAACUAUGCUAGAUAAGCUUUUGUGGUAAUGCUAUGUCAAAUGAAAACUUCCCAUGCUCAUGGAGACUGGAGAAUAGUUUCCCAUAUCUCAACAUUAUUUUGUAUUGAUUUGUGAACUAUCA